AUCUACAUCUCUCUAUCUUUUUCUCUCUCUCUCUCUCUCUCUCAUCCCAUCUUACUUGUUAAAGUGUCUUUAUUACUUACACAGAGUUGCAUCACCAUUCACCACAAUCACAACAUGGCUGCCACUGCUGCAGCUGCAGGCAUAGCCUCUUCCUUGUUUUCUUCUUCCAUCAACACCAAUGUCAAAUGUCUACGCUCCAAGAACUGCUCCGUGUUGGCAUCAGUGUCACAGUCCUACCUAGUGGAACCUUUGUCCAUUGGUGGCACCAUCUCACACAACAAGUUGUGGGUUCCUAGAAUUUCUGCUGCUGUUGCACAAGAAGAGGUGGCACUGGCUGCUGAGGCAGAUGAUGGUUUAGUUGAAGAGAAAGUUGAGGAAGUGGUAGCAGAGGAAGAGGCUAAUUCUUCUGUCAACACUAAGCUUUAUUUUGGGAAUUUGCCAUACAGUGUUGAUAGUGCACAACUUGCAGGGUUGAUUGAGGAAUAUGGUAGUGCUGAACUAAUUGAGGUUCUUUACGACAGGGACUCUGGAAAAAGUAGAGGCUUUGCAUUUGUGACGAUGAGUUGUGUUGAAGAUUGUAAUACUGUCAUCGAAAAUCUUGAUGGAAAAGAGUUCUUGGGCCGAACUUUGCGGGUGAACUUAUCUGACAAACCAAAACCAAAAGAACCCUUGUACCCCGAAACUGAGCAUAAGCUUUUUGUUGGGAACCUGUCAUGGACAGUAACUUCUGAGAGUCUAAUACAAGUCUUUCAAGAAUAUGGAACCGUGGUCGGAGCCAGGGUCUUAUAUGAUGGGGAAACCGGAAGGUCACGUGGCUAUGGAUUCGUUUGCUAUUCAAAAAGAUCUGAAUUGGAAACUGCCCUUAUAUCCCUAAAUAAUGUGGAACUAGAAGGACGAGCAAUACGAGUAAGCUUGGCGGAAGGAAAACGUUCAUAAGGUUAACACUUCAUAGAAACUUGGGAAGACUCUAGAUGUUUACAAAUGGCGCUGAAGAAAUGAGAAGGCGAUGCCCUAUAUGCAUAUCCCCAUCUUCAGUUUGCUGAGGAUUUCCAAAUGCUGUUUCAUUGUGUUAAAAUCUUUAUUGAUACUAACAUUGGCUAUAUGUUGCUUCCUUCUUGUCUCACUGGGAAUAAUACAUUGAUCACAGAUUCUACUCUAAUGUAACAUUUCCUAUGAAAUAUUUAGCACCUUAAGGUGUAAAGUAUCGCACCAUGGUGAAAUGACGAGCAUCAAAUACAAAUUUUUGCUGCAGAAUUUGUAAAUUAGUAACCUUAAGAUACAGCAGAACAUAUAAUGUUAGUAGAAUGAAAUCAUUUUGGUUGCUUGCU